UUGAGACCACUGAAAAAGAACAGUUGAUGCUGUUGAAAACUCUGCCAAUCUCUAGAGAUGGAAAGGUGUAUAAGAAGAGAUUACUGAAUAGUGUGAAGCCUCUCAAAGGGAAAAAAGUCAGUGUCAAGAACCUGAACACCCUUGCAAAGAACAUGGGGAUUCAGCUUGAGAAAGAGGACUUUCAGGACUUACUGAACCACCUGCCCAUUGAUGAGAAUAAAAUGGUUGAUUUGAAUGUGGUGAUGGAUGACGCAAAAGCUUUUACAGGAGAGAAAGUUAAUGUCAAUAAUCUGAGCAAUGUGAUGAGGAAAAUGGGGCUAGUACUCACUGAUGAGGAGAAGCAGCAGCUGCUAAAAACUCUACCCAUUCAUGCUGAUGGAAAAGUAUAUAAAAAUAGAUUGCUAAAAGGUGUGAAGGCCCUCAGUGGACCAAGGGUCAAACUCAGAAAAGUGAAAUCUGUCAUGGAAAACAUGGGGAUUAAACUCAAGGAUGAGGAACUUGAGGAACUAAUGGCCCAACUGUCAACUGAUGAUGAUAGAACAGUUGGUCUGAAUGAUUUGAUGGAUACUGUCAGUUGCAUCAAGGCAAAAGGGAUGGUGCCACUACAUAAGUUGAUGAAAACUGGACAUGAUACUAAAGACAGAGUUAUUGGCCCCAUGGCGGUUUCUGACAUUAAAUCAAAAUUUAAGCUAAAUCCUCUAACAAAAGUACCCAGCUCCCAUGGCAAAAGGGAUAAAGAUUUACCAGGAUCUCUCCUCUGCCAAAGCAAAGCAAAGAAGCUGAAUGCUUCACAAAUGCAAGCCUUUCAAGAUGCCUACAACUUCUUUAACAAGGAUAAAACUGGCUGUAUUGAUUUACAUGGAAUGAUGUGCACUUUAGCUAAGUUGGGAAUGAAUCUAACCAAGCAUGAUGUCUAUAAUGAAUUAAGAUGUGCUGAUAUUGAUCGAGAUGGGAAGGUGAAUUUCUCAGACUUUAUAAAGGUGCUAACAGAUAAGAACCGCUUCCUUAAGGCUGUGGUUCCAGAAAAGGAGAAAUGUUUAGAUUCAGCUGGCAACCCAGGGAUCCUGUUGUUUGAAAUCCUAUCAAAGCUUGUAGAGACUUCAGCUUUACCCAGAAAGGCUAUAAUGGAAAUAGUAAGCUAUUUCCGAAGAAAAUUCCAAGAUACCACAUCAGGAAUGUCAUGGAGUCCCUACACUGUGGGUUAUGGGAAAAGGAGAUUUAAACCAGACAUAUGCACACCUCCAAGCUCAAGCACAGCUGCCUUUGCUAAUGCUGCCCGAAUCACAAUAAUGCAAGAAAAGGAUUUACUUAAAUUUCUUGAAGAGCUCAAGAGGUGCAGUCCUCCUUCAGAUAGCCCAUAUUCAAAAAUACCCAUCUUUCCAUUGUUUCCUAAUAUGGAUGGGGUGGUGAUGGGAAAGCCAUUCAAAGACAUACAGAAAUUAGAAAUGCUAAGGAGAAGGGAGCCUCUGGAUUUCUUUGAGAACUACUUUUUCCAUAAAAGAGACUGGAAGACACAGGCAGCAAAUAUAAAGCCUAUCAACCCAGUCUCAGGCUAUCCAAGUGACAUCCUAGCCAUUGACCAAACACUCAAGAAGAAGCAGAAUUGGACAGUGACGGAUGCAGCUGCUAUGAAACAGCACGUGAAGAGAGCUACUGAUGCCUAUAACUUGGGAAUUGCCCUUGAGCACCGGAAAGACAUGCUAAACCUCUGGCGGAAGAUCCGAGGGGAUCUGAUUGGAAUAGACACUAAAAAUGAGUCCUUUUAUGACACCUUUUCUACCUAUACAUGGUCCUGGAAUGUUUGCCAAGAAUUACUUUCGCCGAAGGACUUAAGGUUAUAUGAUGCCUACAUGAAUAGGAAUACCUUCCACAACCCUGUAUUCUCUUCUUCCUCGGAUAUCAGUGAGUGUGACACAGAGACAGGAAGAAAAAGAAAACGGAAAGGUUUCAAAGGGUUUCGACAAUGA